GCACUAUGAAUAGCAAAUUAUACACUUCAUCAACAGGACUAAAAUAGAAAAAAUAUAGAGUAAACCAAUGAGCACUGUCAGGCGUCGUACAAAAUCUGUUAGUAAAGAAGAAAAAUAUUUAUAUACACCAAAUUAUUCAUCUCGAGACUACAAGGAUACAGUUGAAAGUUACAGUGUAUCCAACAUUGAUUCAGUUGACAUGUCAUGUAGAGAUAGAACUGUGGAGUUUUUAUCAGCUGUGAAAUCAUUGCAGUCACGGCAGGUUAACGGAUACAAACUAAAUCAAAGACAAAAUGGUAGAGUAGUUAAUCCAAGUCAAUUUACUCUUUUGUCGAGGCAAAUCAGUCAAGAUAUUGGCAAUACAUUUAGCAAACUUGAAAAAUUAGCAAUUCUUGCAAAGCAGAAGUCUUUGUUUAAUGAUAAACCAGUGGAAAUUCAAGAGCUUACUUACAUUAUAAAACAGGAUAUUAAUCACCUCAACCAACAAAUUGCUAGCCUUCAACAGAUAGCGCAAAACAAGGAUUCGUCAUCUAGUAAAAAUGUAAAAACACACUCACACACUGUGGUCAUGUCACUUCAAAGUAAAUUAGCAAAUAUGUCAAAAGAUUUUAAACAUGUGCUAGAGGUCCGCACUGAAAAUAUGAAACAACAGAAAAACCGUCGUGAACAAUUUUCUCAAGGCGCUCUCACUGAUAAUAUGCACAUUUCUGAACUUAGCGGAAAUUCUCUUUUAAACCGACCUUUAGGAAAUAAUGAAGCGGUCGCGCUUGAUAUGGAGCCACUUCUUAGUCAGCACCAACAAGUAUACGAUCACAAUGAUGAAUACAUUAAAAGUCGUGCAACAGCGAUGGAAAGUAUUGAGUCUACAAUUGUUGAACUUGGUGGAAUAUUUCAGCAGUUAGCACAUCUUGUCAGCGAGCAAGAAGAACAAAUUAAAAGGAUUGACAGUAACGUGGAAGACACAGAAAUGAAUGUUGAAGCGGCACAUAGUGAACUUUUGAAGUAUUUUCAAUCGAUAUCUUCGAACAGGUGGCUCAUCAUAAAGAUUUUCUUUGUGCUUAUUGUUUUUUUUGUAGUAUUUGUUCUCUUCAUGGCAUAGAACGUAAAUAUUCUUAUAAAUUAUUUUCGCUAAAAUAAUGCUGGAUUUUUUUAAAA